UGUUUGCAGCCUCUGCAAGCUUGCACGCAGAGGGAACACAGGGGCGAGAAUUGGGGGCUGGGUGGGCGUGACGGCGCUCCUUAGCGCUCUCUCCCGCCCAGGCAGUCCCGGGAACGUUCUGAAAAGUAUCCAAAAGUUCUGUGCCGCGCGCGCCCGAGCGCGUAAAAAGAGGGCACAACCCCCCACCUCUCUGGGCGUUGCGAGUCCAGACCUCGCCAGUCCAGCUGCACCUCCCGCUGCAGAACGUACGCGUCCUACGCCGCCUCCUCGCCAGCCUCGCCGUCGGCCGGGUGCCCCGCUUGCAGCUACCAGAGAGUCUGCGCUACUCCUUGGGGCACCAUGCCCAACGAUGAUGGCGCACCGUCGGAGGCCCCACACACCCCGGGGGCACCACCGCAGGGCAAGCCCGGGGGCUUCGGCAGAGCGGCCGGGGCGCCGCCCGGAAGCGCUGGCGGCGGCGGCGGCGGCGGCGGCCCGGGCUCGGGCUCAUCCACGGAGAGGAGAAAAUGCAAGCAUUUGAGGUUUUGUCUGCUGUUCCUGGUGGCCCUGAGACGGCAACAGGCCCAGGAAGAGGAAUUGGGGAUCAGUCACCCCAUCCCGCUGCCCAGCUCGGCUGAGCUGAUCGUCAAGAGAGAGAACAGCGGCAGCAACCCAUGCCUGAUGACUGAGAGCAGCAGCUCCUCGCAGCCGACACCGGCCAGCACCCCGACCACGGCAGCUUCAGAGGGACGGAUGGUCAUCCAGGAUAUUCCUGCUGUCACCAGCAGAGGGCACAUGGAGAACACCCCUGAGCUGGUGUCCGACCCCACCUACUACAGCAGCUUCUACCAGCCGUCUCUGUUUCCGUACUACAACAAUCUCUACAACUACCCGCAGUACUCCAUGGCCUUGGCUGCUGACUCCUCUGCUGGGGACAUGGGAAGUCCCCUUGGGGGCUCCCCUGUGAAGAACAGCCUCCGGAGCCUCCCAGCGCCUUACAUGCCUGGCCAGGCCGGAAACCAGUGGCAGAUGAAAAACCCGGAGAACCGCCACGCAAUGAGUUCCCAGUACAGGAUGCAUUCUUACUACCCGCCUCCUUCCUACCUGGGCCAGAGCAUGUCCCAGAUCUUCACUUUUGAGGAGAGCCCGUCUUACUCUGAAGCCAAAGCGAGCGUAUUCUCGACACCCAGCAGUCAAGAUUCCGGCUUGAUUUCCCUCUCCAGCAGCUCUCCCAUUAGUAGUGAGAGCACAAAGGGAGUGCUCGAAUGCGAGUCUGCCUCGGAGCCCAGCAACUUCGCGGUCACUCCCAUUAUCGAGGAAGAUGAGUAAGCGGCAGCCGAGAUGCCUUUGGCCGGUCUUUUGGAGUAGCAGGCUUAUUUCGUUAUACACAGGGUUUGUUGUUAAUAUUUUGUCUUUACUCAUGUAGACUUAAUGGUUGAGAAGUUGUUUGGUUCAUACUCCUUAGAGCCUAGUCCAGAGACUAGGAACACAUUUGGAAUAGUUUAGGAUCUGUCUACCGUCUGCAGCAACUAAGUGCUUUGCUCACAGAGUUAAAUAUUAAAUAGUAGUAUCCCUCCUUUUUUAUGACACUGGUUUACAUGUAGUUUUCAAGAAAUACAAUAAUUCACUCAAGUUAAGCAGUACAUUUGCAUCUAAAGGUGUCAAAAUUAGAUACUACUUUUAGUUUUAAAAUGAAAUCUUAGGUGCCUUAGAUAUUUUUUGGAAUUUUAAUAUGUUAAUAAAGUUGCAAAAAAUAUAAAUUUAGCCAAGUACCUGACUGGUGAGAAGAAAAGAGCAGACAGAGUUAGAGACUAUUUUAGAUAUCUGCAGGUUAGUCAAUAGGAAUAUUGUGUGUUUGUAUUGCUGUUGGUACAGCCUAGCCCUGCCCUAGGCCCUCAGAUCCAAAACAUGACUGAAAUACAGUCAGAAGAAAAAAUUAGUGACUUUUAAGAAUUGCUACCUUUUCUGUAAAGAAUAAUUUGGAAACAGUACAAUUUAAAGUAACUAGUAAUGCAGAGUUCUUGAAUGUUAUUUCUAGAUUGAGUUUAUGAUGCACAUUCUACUACCAAAAAAAUGGAUGCAAUCUAGAUAAUUUUGUAACCCUAGGUUGUAAUCUGAUUUGAAAAUAAGUACAUCUUUAAAAGUUACUAGACUUCUGAGUUCAUUAUUUUGUUAAAAAUUGCUUGUGGUGUACUUCCUUAUGUAACAGAAGCCAUCCUGAAAUGAAACUAGUCUAAAAAAAAUUCAUUGUUGUGUGUAGUUGCAGCUGUACCUGAAAUAAAAAUGUUAUUGAUGACUGAA